CGAGUGAGAGAGAGAGAGAGAAAGUCAAAUAGGCAGGUAGGCAAGGCAGACGGACAGAGAUGCGAAGGUGCGUAGAGAUGCGAAGACUGAUAGAGAGAAAAAAUUGGAUUAAAAAAUAGCUCCAGAAACAUAACAAAUGCUAGGAAUAAGACAUGCGAAGGAAAUAGAGAGAGAACUGAGCAAGAAUGAGUGGAGUGAGUUUGGAGGGGAAGUAAAAAUUAAUCAGGACACUGGAUUGGAAACAAAAGAACAGGAUGAGAAGUAAAAUUGAGCACACGGAAGAUAAGAAGAAGAAGACGAACGACGACGGGAAGAAAAAUAUGUUUGAGACUCUACACAUAUCAUUGUUCGGAAAACUAUGACAAUAUCCAUGAUUUUAUAGACGGAGAGAGCGAGCGAGAGAGAGAGAGAUAGAGUUGGGGAGAGAGAGAGAGAGAGAAAGGGGGAGAGAGAGAUUUAACCAACAAACUAACUAACGGAGUUACUUCCACCACUUUUAGAUGGAAAACACUGGGAUGCCGGCAUUUUUACUGGAAAUAUAAAGUUUGUAAAAUUACUUGCUGCAACUGUGUAUUCUAAGAACGUUAGUGGCAGCCAUUAUAAUACAAAAACUAUUCAAAAACCGGAUUCAUCAUAACACUACGGUUCUCGGCAACGUGAGAAAAAUUUUUUGGUAUGAUACAAAAGGAAUAAGACCAACUUAAACAUCCGUCGAGCUACACAAGCCUCCUUAGGUUAUGCUUCCUGAACGUGUGGAAAAUUAACGGAGGCAUUGAAGCAGAAAAGUCACUAUUUUACAACACGCUCUCAUCAAAACGUACUCGCCAAACACAGUAAAAUGCUUUGGAAGCCAUUAAAAUAGGAGAACUGCGAAAUGGUUACUAUUUAUUGUUUAUAAAAACACUUGUGUAAAAUAUAAAGCACAUCGAAUAAUAAAGUUAUACGAACACAUCAGUGGAAAUCAUCAAAUGAUGUUGCAGAUGAACCGACCAAAAAAAUAUCCUCAACAUGUAGUUAAAAUGCAAAUACGACUCUUCUAAUGCAACGGAAGUAAUAACUUGUAUUGAUUAAACUUGCAUUGUUUACAAAAAAUGUCAAGAAAAAAAACACUGAAUGUGUUGGAAGAGAAGUAACAAAAAGAAACAAGAAUCGUCAAAGUAGCGCAAUUUUCAUCAAUCUCAUCAUCUUCAGAAUCACCAAUUCAACAGAAUAAACAGCAGCUGUAAGAAUAACAACAACAAAUAUAUCAACACCACCACCAACAACAACAAUAAUAAUAAUAAAAGGAAGAACAACAAGAAUAAAUGGGAUCAGUUAUUUUAAAUUUUCAUAAUUUCAUGGAAUAUAUAUCAAAUUACAAAGGAACGUUGCUCGCUUUCCAUGCAACACGCGAUAAUGAAAUAUACUCGAAUCAACAUUUAUAUUUUGAAUAGUGGCAUGCACCGAAACUGUAUAAAUAUCUUCAUUUGAUAAAAACAAAAAGUGGAAAUCAGAUUUAAAACACACUUUCUUAUAUCCUCGACUCUCCAUAUCGAAUUACCUCAAUUACUUGGUGAAACAAGUAAAAUACACAUUCCAGAAGAGGAUGCACAUAGUCACUUAGGAGCUUUGUUUUAAAUAAGCAUCUAAAACAAACAGAAAAAGUGAAUAUCGAUUAAUUAUAUCUAUCAAUUUCAUUGCAUAAUAUUUCUUACAGAAGCCUGUCCACUAUAUCCCGAGCAUUAUUUUAAAAUAAUACACACACACGCACACACAUGUAUAUAUAUCAAGAGAAGUUUGCUACAUAUUACUUAUGUAGUAUCUAUUAUUAAUAGUAUCUAUUAAAUCUCGAUUUUCAUUACGAAAUAAAUUUCACUAAUAGUUAAAUACACAGACAAUAAUUCGUAUUAUGAAAGCAUUUUGUCAUAAUAAUGCUUACGUCCUCUCAUAAAUGUAUUUUUCUGUGUUAUAUCAUAAUUAUUACCAUCAAUUAAAGGCGUAUUUCACAAAAUAGUCAAAACGGCAUUUUAUUCAAUAUUCCGCUAUGACAAUACAAUGUUUACAAAGUUACUUGAGAUUCUCUUUUAUUUGAAAUAUUAUUAGAUCUCUAAUUUUUCUGAGUUAAAAUAGAAAUGCUUCAAUGAAACAAUAAGCUUCUAUGGCUAAAUGAUAAUCUUCUCUGGCUAAAUAACAAAGGCCUAUGAAGUGGAAAAGCAAAGCAAUCAAACCUACAACUCGCUAUGACUAGGCUCAUUCUAUUUCCUGUGAUAUAGUAGUCGGCAUUCCGUUAUUGUAGCAUUAUCUAUUUAGAUAGAGAAAUUCAUUUUAUUUUCCAUAUAUAUUAAGAGUGAAUAUUAAUUAUAUAAUUUAUUUAAUAAAUAAUAUAUAUUUAUAAUUUACAGGCCUUUAUAUCAUACUGUUAUAUUUAUAUAUUUACACAUAUCCUUGCAAAGAAGUUAAAAUGAGAUCUAAAUCUGUUUAAAAUACAUUGAUAAAGCAGGCCAAUAACAGUAAAGAGGAUUAAUUGUAACUUAUUUAUUCACAAGCAUAAACAUUUAUGUAUCUUCAUUUUGUUCCAUGCCGCCAUAUAAAAGCUGAAGGAGAAUAUAAAGCUCUCCGCUGAAAACCAAGUGUCACCUGCUCUGUUCCGUCGUAAUCCGAAGACAGUGGGAGUGACCAUUCAUGCUGAAUCACGCAGGAGCCUACAAUGAUACAGGAAACACGUCAUUGCUCGAGUAUUAUGAUGUUGCAUUCAAUGACACAUCCUUUACAAAACAGGGUUUCACCUACGAACUAAAACACCCUAGUAUUGGCAUACUGCUUUCCGUUUUUUCUUUAAUUACUAUUGUAGGAAACAUUCUAGUUAUUGUGGCAGUUACUCGGGAAAUAUAUUUAAGGACAGUGACAAAUUAUUUCAUUGUGUCUCUGGCUGUAGCUGAUCUUAUGGUAGGAGGUAUUGUAAUGCCGUUCAGUAUUAGUCACGAAAUGACCAACAAUGUUUGGCUGUAUGGACCUGUUUGGUGUGAUUUGUGGCAUUCGUUUGACGUACUGGCAAGUACUGCUUCCAUCAUGAAUUUAUGUGUAAUUUCACUCGACCGAUACUGGGCGAUUAAUGAUCCAAUUUCUUAUCCAAUUAGAAUGUCUUCGAGUAAGGUAAGCCUUCUUAUAACUGGAGUUUGGUUAUGCUCGGCAACGAUAUCCUUCCCAGCUAUUGCUUGGUGGCGAGCUGUAACACCCCCAGACUUGCCGAGUAACCAGUGUAUAUUCACUGAAGACACGGGGUAUUUAAUAUUUUCAUCGUGUGUAUCGUUUUACUGUCCCCUCAUUAUCAUGCUAUUCGUUUAUUAUAAAAUCUACAAAGCUGCAGUGGCUCAAACGCGAAGUAUCAAAAUGGGAUGCAAAGUAAUGAUGUCAAGUAGCAUGGAUGGAGAGGCAAUGACACUUCGGAUGCACAGAGGAGGUCGGAAGCGGACAACACAUGAAAAUGACACAAGCGCUGAACGAAAUGCAAGUGACAGUGAUAGUGGCAGUCCUGCUCACUUAGUUCGUGCUCAAGCAGGAGAACGGCCAACAAAAUUUAUCACAAAGCGCCUUAGACAUUUUGCAAUUAGUAAAAAACUAAGUAAGAUUGCCAAAGAACAGAAGGCAGCAAAAACACUUGGCAUUGUUGUAGGCGUUUUCAUUCUCUGUUGGCUCCCUUUCUUUAUAACUAAUCUCCUAUUAGCACUGUGCAAAACGUGCGUCGUUUAUCCAGAAGUACUCUUUCCAGUUUUCACUUGGUUCGGAUAUAUUAAUUCAGGAAUGAAUCCAAUCAUAUAUGCUCUAUCGAUGCGAGAUUUCAGACGUGCAUUUUCAAAGAUUAUUUUUAUCUGUUGUCCUAAAUAUGGUGUCAUUCGUCGCCAAACGGCUAAUGAUAACAAUACUAGUACAAGCUUUACAGUGAGCACUGUUGACCGUACCGUUCCAUAUAAACUGUAAGACGAUAAAAGCACGUGGAGAUAAGCCAAAUAAAAAAAUACCUCUUUGAAAUAACAUUUUCAUAAAAAGAAAUUGAAUUUCGAGUUUGUCCACUAGAGAGGUAUCUCCCUAUGUGUCGAACUCGUGAAUGAGAUAAUGAAAGGUUCCGUAAAUAUAUAAAACAGAAUCAAAACAGUGUAAGACAGAAAACUUGAAUUUCUACAUGAAUGAUCUGUUAACGACUUUACACAUAAUUAUAUAUUUACACACAUUACUGUUAAUAUAAAUAUGAAUGUACUGUUAGGUAUGUAAUCAUUGCAUAUUUAUAUAAAUUGGUUAUGAACUCAUAAGCGCAUGUAUAUAUGUAUAUCAUUUAUAAACUGUGUUCACAUGUUUACAAUCACAUUUACACGAUGCAUACACAUCUCCAUAUAUAUAUAUGUAUAUAUA